GAAAAGUCACAGGUCAGAGCCCUGUGUAGAGGUACUGGGUGUUUUUCCCACCUUGUCUCUGGAACUGUUCUUUGCUGGUUAACUUUUCAGGCAUGUAGCUCAUUUCAAUUAUGUUGUCCAUUCUAUCUCUGUCAGCAUUUUUAUUUGGACUUGGAGACAAGUGUGAACCAAAGGGACUGAGUCUAUUAUUAUUUUUUCAAAAGAGGCAUGCCAGUCCGGUGGAAAGGGUCAAAGGUCAUAAUUGCUUCUGUUGGCAGCUUAUUCUGGAAUUUUUCACACAAUACUUAUGUUGGUCACUCACCACAGGUUUACUCAUUUUUGCACAUUACCUUCCACACAAGUAUAUUUCACUUAAUUGUGACCACAGUGCCUAAGCUUUUUAAUAGUAUUUUCAUGACAAUAUAUGUGUUUCUAUACAGUCCAUGCAAAGCCCAUUUUGAAUAACACAUAUGGAUCGUCUUAUCAGUCUACUUAUGUUAGGAAGGUUGAAAAUACAUUAAAAUGUAGAAAAUACAAAAAAACCAUUUUGUUGGCACACUGAUAGAGAAGUCUUGUUAGCUUGUCCAUUUCCUUCCAACCAGGUAAAGUUCACAUAGAACAGGUUGAGGAACAUUCCAUACUGUCAAGGACCAUACAGUCUUCUAAAACAACAAUCCGGGGAGGAUCCUCUUCAAUAGUUCCUGUUCGUCGUUAGGAAUUAUUUUCCCAAGGAUCCUCUGCUAGAAUUGAAGUGACCAGAUACAGUAAUUCCUGACAGAGAUGCCAACUCCUAGUGUGACUGGGAUGGCUACAGGAUAUUAGGCUGGUCGCUUUGGAAUCCAUCAUCCGUGCACGAGUAGCGUUCACUUUUCUCUGGUAAAGUGUCUUAAUAACGAAGUAACUGCAAGGCUCCAAUGAGGCAGUGAUUUCGUGUGUUUACGUUCUUCGUUCUCUCUGGCAGGGUGCAAGUUCAGCUAAGGAGGGACUGUGUGUUUACGUCCCAGACCCACAGCAGAGUCGCGCGCGAUCAAGGAAUACUUAAAAUAAGCUUUAGCUUCCGACGCCCAGUCGCCGGUUCUUUUAGCCCUCUUCGAGGUUUGGGUCGUUGGUUUCUGAGAAAACGGACCAUCUCCCUUCGUUGAAUACUCUAGCUGCUGUUUCAGGAGCGCCACUCCUCUCGGCGGCCCGAGUCCCGAGCCAGGGACUUCCCAGAGUACGGGCCUGGCCUCCCGGCGCUGGGGACCGCCGGAGGGAACCAGACGCCCGCGGACAGCGGGCCAGCUCGCCGCCCAGCGUCCUCCGGUUGCCGCGGCCCAGGCCCACAGGGCCAAGAGUCCCACGCCCCCGGCCCGCCCCGGGAUCUCGCCGCCGCUUGUUUACUCCCCGGCGCAGCCUAGUCCGACCCUGGGGCCCGCCCCCGCCCGCUGCCUAUUGGCUGAGGAGACUCCAGGGCUGGCGACGAUUGGCCCGGCGGAGGCGGAGAGGUAGGCUGCGCGGGAGGCCGAGAGGGGGCAGCAGGCGAUGGCGGCGGCGGCGGCGGCGGCGGCGGGUCGGCUAGGCUGGUUGCUCGCCGCGCUCUGCCUGGGCAACGCCGCCGGCGAGGCGGCGCCGGACCCGCGAGUGCUGGGCGUCUGUCUAGAGGAGGACGGAGCGGCGGGCGCGGGGUGGGCGCACGAAGGGGAGGUGCGGGCAGCGCCGGAGGCCACCUUCCGCUUGCGCCUCUUCGGCUCGGGCUUCUCCAACAGCUCCUGGUCCUGGGUGGCUCCUGAGGGGGCGGGUUGCCCCGAGGGCGGGCCGGCCGCGGCGCCCGACGAAGCGGCGGCCCCCACGGGCGAGUGGCGUGCGUUGCUGCGCCUGCGCGCCGAGGACGCGCGCCCGCACUCUGUGCGGCUGGCGGUGCGCGGGGAGCCUGGCGGUUCGGCGGCCGAAGAGGCGGCAGCCCUCACGGGCGAGUGGCGCGCACUGCUGCGCCUGCGCGCCGAGGCCGCACGCCCGCACUCGGCGCUGCUGGCCGUGCGUGUGGAGCCGGGCGGCUCGGCAGCCGAGGAGGAGGCGCCGCCCUGGGCUCUGGGCCUGGGGGCGGCGGGGCUGUUGGCGCUGGCGGCUCUGGCGCGGGGCCUGCAGCUGAGCGCACUGGCGCUGGCGCCCGCCGAGGUGCAGGUGCUGCGCGAGAGCGGCUCGGAGGCGGAGCGUGCGGCGGCGCGGCGCCUGGAGCCUGCACGGCGCUGGGCGGGCUGCGCCCUGGGCGCGCUGCUGCUGCUGGCCAGCCUGGCGCAGGCGGCGCUGGCGGUUCUGCUGUACCGCGCGGCUGGCCAGCGCGCAGUCCCCGCCGUGCUAGGCAGCGCGGGGCUCGUGUUCCUGGUGGGCGAGGUGGUGCCGGCUGCCGUGAGCGGGCGCUGGACGUUGGCACUGGCGCCGCGCGCGCUGAUCCUCAGCCGCCUGGCGGUGCUGCUCACCCUGCCCGUGGCGCUGCCGGUGGGCCAGCUGCUGGAGCUGGCGACGCGGCCAGGGAGGCUGCGCGAGCGCGUGCUGGAGCUGGCGCGCGGCGGCGGCGACCCCUACAGCGAUCUCAGCAAGGGCGUGUUGCCCUGCCGGACAGUGGAGGACGUGCUCACGCCCCUCGAGGACUGCUUCAUGCUGGAUGCCAGCACCGUGCUGGACUUCGGCGUCCUGGCCAGCAUCAUGCAGAGCGGCCACACGCGCAUCCCCGUGUACGAGGACGAGCGCUCCAACAUCGUGGACAUGCUCUAUCUCAAGGAUUUGGCUUUCGUGGACCCCGAAGACUGCACGCCGCUCAGCACCAUCACCCGCUUCUACAAUCACCCACUCCACUUCGUCUUCAACGACACCAAGCUGGACGCCGUCCUGGAGGAGUUCAAGCGAGGGAAGUCUCACCUGGCCAUCGUGCAGAAGGUGAACAACGAGGGUGAAGGUGACCCCUUCUACGAGGUGCUGGGCCUGGUCACCCUGGAGGAUGUCAUCGAGGAGAUCAUUAAGUCUGAGAUCCUGGAUGAGUCUGAAGACUACCGAGACACUAUAGUAAAGAAGAAGCCUGCGUCUCUGAACGCCCCUCUCAGGCAGAAAGAGGAGUUCUCCUUGUUCAAGGUGUCUGACGACGACUAUAAAGUGAAAAUCUCACCUCAGCUGCUCUUGGCCACCCAGCGCUUCCUGUCCCGAGAGGUGGACGUCUUCAGCCCGCUGCGGGUCUCUGAGAAGGUCCUCCUGCACUUGCUGAAGCAUCCCAGCGUCAACCAGGAAGUGCGGUUUGACGAGAGCGACCGCCUGGCCGCCCACCACUACCUGUACCAGCGCAGCCGGCCGGUGGACUACUUCAUCCUCAUCCUGCAGGGCAGAGUGGAGGUGGAGAUCGGGAAGGAGGGCUUGAAGUUCGAAAAUGGGGCCUUCACCUACUACGGGGUUUCUGCCCUGACAGCGCCAUCCUCGGUUCACCAGUCCCCGGUGUCCUCGCUCCAGUCUAUCCGCUACGACCCACUGCCCGAGCCCGCUGACAGCACCCGCUUGUCUGCGUAUUGUCCCGACUACACCGUGAGGGCCCUCUCUGACCUGCAGUUCAUCAAGGUUACUCGGUUGCAGUACCUCAAUGCACUCCUGGCCACCCGCGCCCAGGCGCUGCCGCAGUCCCCGGAGAACACGGAGCUUCUGGCCAUCCCUGGCAGCCAGACCAGGCUCCUCGGUGACAAGGCGGCCACAGCCCCAGCCUUCCCGAUAGACCUUUCCCUCUUUGGCACAUUUGGAAACUGCAGUUGAUAAUUGACUGUGGACUAGUGAGCAUUUUUUGUUUCAGACAACACCCCAGGAUCCAACCACAGCAGACCCGGCCUCCCAGCAGAGGAGAGCCCCGGGCGGAACCCGGGAGUUUAGCCGCUUGUCAAGCAGCCCCAGGUCUGGGGAAUAGACAAGCACGUGGGGAACUGGAGCAAGCCGGAAAGCAGCUUCCUGCCAGCCCAUCCCGUCCCCUGCGGGCCACGUUUUAGAUGGCCUUGUACAUGCAGGUCCUGGCUGUCCUCCGAACUAGACAUCAGUGCCAGGAGCCUUCAGCAGGUUCUGCCUCCCCACCCCUAGAACACGAGGGUCAGUGGGGGCCAGCCCUCCAGGUCUGCUGCCGAAUGGAGUGAAAGGAACAGCGUCAUCUCCAGUCCCCGGGGCCAGCCUCCCUGUGACAGUGUCUUUAUACCUCUCCGGCCAGGCCACGAUGUGAGCGCAGUAACUGCCUUCCUGUGGCCGUGACCUGCACUCUCUCUGCUUCAUUUGCCAACCUUCUGCUGCUGGCAGCACCUCUUGAGCAAACCGAGCGCACCAUGUGGGCUGGGGUUUCACAUCCGUGGGCUUGGCCACGCCAGCCUUGCUGGCUUCCCUUAUGACACCAUGCUUCCAGGCAUGCGCCAAAGCUGGAAGCUGUGUCCUCCAGGCCCGCUGCCUCCCGUGGAGGUGGCUUUUCCUGCCCUGUCCCAAGCCCAGAGCGAGCACACUGGCCCCUGCGGGGUUCAGGAGCCCCUUCUUCCUGCGGCUCCUCCACCUGCCUGGCUCAGUGGCACUAACAGUAUUGUCGUUUUCCGUGUGUUAAGAAGAGGUCAUAGGUAGGGGGAAGGGAUUGCUGUGAUGCACCUGAUCCGUUGUCGUCAGAUCCCAGAGUGGGUCGCCGGAGGCCCCCGGGGUGCUGUGUGCCUGGAAAGCGCAUGGAGAGCAGCAAGGGAGGCAGGGCUGGGUAUGGACCAGGUAGACCCCCGUCACCUGUCUUUGGAAAAAAGGUGAAAUCAAAAGUUUUUCUUAGAGCUCUGAGAUGUUUUAAGCUCAUGGUUUUAUUCCCAUUCCAGCUCUCUGGGGCUUCAGAGAAGUGGGAACAAGAAGGCGUUUGUAUCGUCUUCUGGUUACCUACAUCCACCUUCCGUGGUGCUUUAGCUGCGCAGAAACUGGGGCAUCAUGGGGAUCCCAGGGAGGGAGGCAGGAGGAUUUCUGAACCUUUCUCAGUGGCAUUUGGGUCCUUAUCCAGGAUCAGUGGGAGUGAAGGCCAAAAAACAGUGGCCUGCUCACUUAGAAACUUCUCAAGGAAUUCUCUCUCAAGAGCAAACCCAGGUGGGAAAUAGAUACUUGAAAAUUUUUUCUCUCUGCAGAAGAGUGGUGGUUAACCUUGGCUGCACAUUGGAAUCACAUGGCAAGUUAAAAAUACUGCUCCCUGGGCCGCUCCCCCCAACCCACCCACCCAGGGAUUCUGAUUUAAUCAGUCCAGGCAUCAGGAUUUUAUUCUGUAAAAUUAUUUUAUAUUCACAGAUCACGCCUGCUUCCCUGAAUGUUAACAUCUAUAACCUUGGUGCACUUAUCAAAAUUAAAAAAUUAACAUUGGUACAAAACUAUUAACUAAAUUACAGACUUCAUUUGGGUUUUUAUCAAAUUUUCCAUAAUGUCCUUUUCUGUUGCAGGACCCAACCCAGGACACCAAGUUGCAUUUAGAGCUAUUGCCUUUUUUCCUAUUUUUCUCCUAUAACUUUUUACUUUGAAAUAAUGACAGAUUCAUAGGAAGUUGCAAGGAUAGAGGUCCCAUGUAUCCUUCCCCCAGUUUUCCUCCAUGAUUACACUGUCUUACAUAGUUAGAGUACAGUAUGAAAACCAGGAAUCUGACUCUGGUGCAAUGUGGGUAUGUAGUUCUGUAGCAUCUUAUCACAUGUAGAUUUGUGUAACCACCACUUCAGUCUAGAUACAGAACUGUUCCUCACUAGGAUCUCCCUCCAACAGAUGCUCUUAAAGCCACACCCACCCCCUCUGGCCACUACCCGUAAUCCCUGGCAACCACUAAUCUGUACAUCAUCUCUGUAAUUUUGUCAUUUGAAGAAUGCUGUAUAAAUGGGGUCCUGUGGUAUGUAAGUGUGGGGACUGGCUUUCUUCACUCGGCGCAUUGUUCUGGGGUCUCCUCCAGGCUGUUGCACGUGUCAGUCAGUUGUUGCUUCGUGAUUGCUGUGUGGUAUUCCACCACAGACUCGCUGUCCUGUCUAAGGACAUCUGGGUGGGUUCCGGUUUUUGGCUAUUCCAAAUAAAGCUGCUAUGAACAUUCAUCACAG